GUCUGGGAUAAUGAUUGUGGAUUAGCAGCUACCACGUGGGCCUGACCGUGCGCAGGAAGUUGGUCUAUCGAGGCAACCUUCAGGUCGUCCAGCCCGUGUCUUCAAUUUGCAUGCCAUGACGGCGGAUUUAGACGGGCGUUUUGACGAUGCGGAUGAAGACCCCGGGUCAGGGCCCCAGCCGAGCCCGGUCCCGGCUCGGUCGGCCCCCAUUCCCAAACUGGCCUCCUGGACUGCCCCGCUGAGCGCCCACGGCGAGUCCGAUCCCGACGAUGACGAUGAUUAUGACGACCAGGCGGUCGAUUAUGAGUGGGGCGCGGGAUUCAGAGGAGAUCGAGCGGCCGCUGGGGGUCCAGCCGCUCUCAAAGCCAACCGCUGUCAGCCCGCCGAUCAACGCUUUCGUCACAAAUAUGAAAAUCGCAUUAAUUUACGGGCCUACGAAGCGCCGCACAACCACUGGAGCGGUCCGGCGCUUAAUCCGGUCUUUGAACAGCAUCGCAAAACCGACAAAGAACGACACCGGGUCAAAGACAAGUCCGAUCGAGCCACAAUCGAAAACGUGCUCGACCCUCGCACACGCAUGAUUCUCUUCAAACUUCUGGACAAGAAGUUCAUCCAGACGAUCAAUGGCUGCAUCUCCACGGGCAAGGAGGCCAAUGUCUACCACUGUCAAGCCGGCGAUGGUUCUGCCGCCGAUUGCGCCGUCAAAAUUUACAAGACCUCGAUCCUAGUGUUCAAAGACCGAGACAAAUACGUCACGGGUGAGCACCGAUUUAGAUCCGGUUACAGCAAAAAGAACCCGCGGAAAAUGGUUCGCACGUGGGCCGAGAAAGAAAUGCGCAAUCUGACUCGUCUCCAUCAUGCCGGUAUCCGGUGUCCCGAGCCCAUCUUACUUCGAGAUCACGUGUUACUCAUGAGCUUUCUUGGGCAGGAUGGCUGGCCCGCGCCUCGACUCCACGAUGCGGAAAUUGCCGAAUCCAAGGCGCGAGAACUCUAUUGGGACCUGGUGUUGACCAUUCGCAAAAUCUAUCACGUGUGCAAAUUGGUCCAUGGGGAUUUAAGUGAAUAUAAUCUCUUGUUUCACAAUGGCAAGGCCUUCGUGAUUGACGUGUCCCAAUCAGUUGAGCACGAUCAUCCUCAUGCGCUGGAAUUCUUAAGAACAGACUUGAAAAAUGUGACCGACUUCUUUCGACGCAAGGCUGUCAACGUCUUGGGGUUGAAAACUUUCUUCGAUUUUGUUGUGGAUCCCACCAUCCCUGAUGACGAACAGGAAGAGCGAUUGGCACUAUUAGACCAAUUGGCGGCUGCCACGAUCGAAGAUGAACCCACGGCAGAAGACGAGAUUGCGGAGAACGUAUUCCAACAAGUUCACAUUGCUCGUGCUUUGGAAGAGAUUGCCAAUCCUGGAGCAGAUAUUGCCAAGGUCAAAGCUGGUGAAAAAGAACUUUUGUAUCAAACUGUGACCGGCGUCGUCUUGUGUCAAGAUCAAGCCCAGACAAAGGAAGAUGAAUCAGAGUCUGAUGAUGCGUCGGAGAGUGAUAGCGAUGGCAGUGAAGGCUCUGAUGGGAACGAUAAUGUGACUGGGAAAGGUCAAAAGGACCUCAAGAACAGCCGCAGACCUCGAGAGGAGUCGCCUAAUAGUCGAAAGGAGAGGAAGAAGGCCGUGAAAGACCAACAAGCGGCCAAAAGGAAGGAAAAAAUCAAGAAACAUGUCAAGAAAAAGAAAGAAAAGGCGACGAAAAAGAAAUAAAAAGAAGUCCGUCUCAGAUUGUUGAAAAAAGAUUGUGUUUCUUCUUAUUCUCGAGGUGGAGCCAAUAUAUGUCUUAACAAUUUA